GCAAACUCUCCCGGAAACUACGUCUUAAGUCAACAAAAAAAUCGUACUUGGCAAAUAUGACGCAAAACCGGCAGCUUGCGCUAUCAAAUGUGUAAACAAAAAUUUAUAAAUUACGUAUGUAAUCAGCGUAGACAGCGUAUAUAAUGGAAUAUGGAGCACUUCCGUUGCGCCGUGGCCGAAUCCAUCGGCUAUUCAUUACCGCAUCGGUCAAGGAUUCACUUAUAUGGAGGUUGCCAACAUUCAGACAGCUAUGCAGCAGAUUUCGCAAGAUAUGAACAACUGCAUCCGGUUUACGCCAUAUGUCGAUGAUGCCCAUAGAGGUCAUGAUUUUAUACAGAUCUCGAAGAAUAUGUUCGAUUCCUCUAUCAUCAAUCCUCCCACCCCAACCCAAACCUGCUUCUCGUUUCCCGGGCGAGUAACCAUGCAAUACGGAAAAGGCCAAGCGCUGUAUAUGGCGUCCGGUGUUGAUGGGUGUCUCCACAGCGUUCGAGAAAUCAUGCGUUAUUUAGUUCGCGCGCUCGGACUUGAGGAUGAAAUGAACCGACCAGACCGCCAUUAUUACAUCAACGUUGUAUCGGAUAACCAGUUAAAGCCACAUCUGCAAAAUCUGGGCCUGCUUCAACGGCUAUACAGUGCACGCCUCUUGACCGGAAGUUUUGACUACAAAAGUAUCACUCUGCCAUCGGUAACGCAGUACACUGCUGCCGGCCAUCUGUACGCAGCUGUGCAUGGCGCAGCACCCCCCAGUACAGGGAACACGGCCUUCGGAGGGUUGAGCCGUCUUAGCCAGGGUGACUGCUUGGGACUCCGACUGCUGUACCCUUCCACCUGCCUCAUCCCUACGGUCACCUGCCCAGAUCUGUAUGCAAACACAAGUACCGUUACUGCAGUCAUAACGGUUCCAAUGAUACCGGGAGGUCCAAUAGAACCGCCAUCGGGUAGCGGAUCGUAUUUUAAAUAAAUAAUCGGUUUUCGACUGGAUUCUUCAUGCUGCUUUUCCAUACAUAACGGGCAGCUAAUAAAGAAUGCAAAUAAAUAUACUUUGGGGAUUUUAUUGGCAGGCGCUUUCUCCCUCGUAACUGUAAGCAUAUGCACAGGUGUCUGGACAUUUCUGCGAUUUUUUAUUUCAUCCCCUUAUCGUCACUGAAUGAGCAAAAAUUUAUGUCAGUUCUUUGUAUUAUGUAAAGAUCCCGACCGCUUGUUAAAAGGAUCCCAUUGUUUGUUUGGUCUCGUAGCCGCAACCAUACUUCUAUACAGCAUCGAUUAUGCUGUAAAUAUUAUUUUAU